UUGAGAAGAAGGGGAGGUGAUGAGAGGAAGCUGCAAAAACACAGGGCGGCUGCGCCUAGCUAAGUAGGACAAUAAAGUGAUAACACUAUCAAUGCUCUAACAAUGGGUUUGACGGAUAUGCUUCUCUUGGAAUUAAUUUUCAUUAUUUAUGUAAUAAACUGUGCACAAGGUUAUUAUGGAAACCCCCUGAAUAAAUACAUCCGCCACUAUGAAGGUCUGUCUUAUGACACAGACCUGCUUCACAGCAAACAUCAGAGAGCCAAGAGGGCGCUCUCCCACGAAGACAAGUUCCUUCAUCUGGACUUCCAUGCCCAUGGAAGACACUUUAAUCUGAGAAUGAAGAGGGACACCACCCUGUUUGUCCCGGACCUGAAAGUGGAUAUGGGAGGGGAAGAGACCACGUAUGAUACCUCCCACAUCUACACUGGAGAAAUAUAUGGGGAGAAGGGUACCCUGAGCCACGGCUCCAUCGUGGAGGGCAAGUUUGAGGGCUUCAUCCAGACCUACCAGGGGACGUUCUACGUGGAGCCUGCUGAGAGAUACCUGAAGGACAAAGAUGUACCCUUCCAUUCGGUCAUCUACCAUGAAGACGACAUCAACUAUCCACACAAGUAUGGGCCAGAAGGAGGCUGCGCUGACCACUCUGUAUUUGAGAAGAUGAAGAAGUACCAGAGCUCUGUUGUAGAGGAACCAGCCUUGGAGCAGAGCGAGGAUGCACCCUCCGACCCUGUUCUGCUGAGGAAGAAGAGGAUGGCCCAGGUGGAGAAGAACACCUGCCAGCUCUUCAUCCAGACAGACCACCUCUUCUUCAAGUUCUACAAGACCAGAGAGGCGGUCAUAGCACAGAUCUCCAGUCACGUUAAGGCCAUCGAUGCUAUCUACCAGGGAACAGACUUUAUGGGCAUUCGCAACAUCAGCUUCAUGGUGAAAAGAAUCAGGAUCAACAUGACCAGUGAUGAGAGAGACAGGUCCAACCCCUUCCGCUUCGCCAACAUCGGUGUGGAGAAGUUUCUGGAGCUGAACUCAGAGCAGAACCACGACGACUACUGCCUGGCCUACGUGUUCACUGACAGGGACUUUGACGACGGCGUUCUGGGCUUGGCCUGGGUGGGGGCCCCUGCAGGCAGCUCAGGGGGCAUCUGUGAGAAGAGCAAGUUAUACUCGGAUGGUAAGAAGAAGUCUCUGAACACCGGCAUCAUCACCGUGCAGAACUAUGCCUCGCACGUCCCACCCAAAGUCUCUCACAUUACCUUCGCUCACGAAGUCGGACACAACUUCGGCUCCCCGCAUGACUCUGGGUCAGAGUGCACUCCGGGGGAGUCCAAGAGCCAAGACAAGAAGGAGAAGGGGAACUACAUCAUGUACGCCCGGGCCACCUCGGGAGACAAGCUCAACAACAACAAGUUCUCCAUCUGCAGCGUGCGCAACAUCAGCCAGGUGCUGGAGAAGAAGAGGGGCAACUGCUUCGUCGAGUCUGGCCAGCCCAUCUGUGGUAACGGCCUGGUGGAGCCUGGAGAGGAGUGUGACUGCGGCUACAGCGACCAGUGCAGGGACCAGUGUUGCUAUGACGCCAACCAGCCCGACAACAAGAAGUGCAAGCGAAAGCCAAACAAAGUCUGCAGUCCCAGCCAAGGCCCCUGCUGUACUCACGAGUGCACUUACAAGGGCCGCAACGACAAGUGCAGAGAGGAGUCGGAGUGUGCCCACCAGGGCAUGUGCAACGGGGGCACGGCCCACUGCCCCACCUCCGAGCCCAAGGCCAACUUCACCGCCUGCCACGGGGAGACCCAAGUCUGCCUCAACGGGGGCUGCUCCGGCUCCAUCUGUGAGAAGUACGGGCUGGAGGUGUGCACCUGCGCCAGCCAGGAGGGCAAGGACGAGACGGAGCUGUGCCACGUGUGCUGCAUGGAGAAGAUGAACCCCAACACCUGCAGCAGCACAGGCUCUGAGAAGCUGGCCCGCUUCUUCAAUAAGAAGGUGACCACCCUACCCGCUGGAUCCCCCUGCAACGACUUCAAGGGCUACUGCGACGUGUUCAUGAAGUGCCGUCUGGUGGACGCAGACGGACCACUGGCCAGGCUCAAGAAGGCCAUCUUCAACCCCGAACUCUACGAGAACAUCGCUGAGUGGAUAGUGGCACACUGGUGGGCCGUCCUGCUGAUGGGCAUCGCUCUGAUCAUGCUGAUGGCCGGCUUCAUUAAGAUCUGCAGCGUGCACACUCCCAGCAGUAACCCCAAGCUGCCCCCGCCCAAACCACUACCAGGCACCCUGAAGAGGCGGCGUGCCCAGCAGCAAGCCAGCUCCCAGGUGCAGCACCAGUCCCAGCACCCCCACUCCCACCAGCACGCCGGGCAGAGGCAGCCUCAGAGGCAGCCUCAGCCUCAGAGGCAGCCUCAGCCCCAGGCCCAGAGGCACAGCCGGCAGCCCAGGGAGAACUAUCAGAUGGGCCAGAUGCGACGCUGAGACCAGCAGGCCGUACCUUGGCUCCUCCUCCUUGUGCCUACAGUGGGAUAAAACAGUCACUCCAUCCAAAGAAUAGCCUAAACCAGUCACCCGAUCAUCGUCACACCCUUCAUCCACCAAACAGCCCGACAAACAGACCGCGAGAAAUAGAGAAGCGACAGAGUGGCCCUGCCGUGAGAUCGUCCAUCCUGCCUGGGAUGCAGACUUGGACCCCCCCGAGCCAUUUCCAACGCGGCCGUCUGGCAUUUCUCCUUCUCCCCCCCCCCUAUUUUUUUUUUUAUUGGUUUGUUUUUAAAGGAGUAAAGGAAUCAUGCGUAGCUUUAGUACCUUCUGUGAUGAUUUUGGUUUUUGUUUUCUCCUUUCCAAUUGCUAAGUCCUCUCAAGUGACACACCUGCGGCUGCUGGAUUUGUCUUCUGCCGUCCCAGCCAGGGAACCGAGAGGCAUUCGGUAGAGAUCUUCAGCACUUUUUGGGGAUUUUCCACCUUUUCAAAACGUCAAAAGACACAAGCUCUUGUCUCUCAUGCAGACCAUCCUCUGCAUGUGACUGUACAGAUUUAAGUGUAUCAUAAGUGAAUACAAACUAUUUCUUCUACUGUAAAUGUAUGAUUCUUUACUGGUUUCGGUUAGUACUCUCAGGACUCUAAACACACAAAUGAAGGUAUCUGCGAAGAUGAACUCUUGAGUGCUGGAGUGGGGGGGGGGGGGGGGGGGGGGGGGGGAGGGAGAUCUGAUGGUGGUUCGUCUUCCCCUACUGCAGUCGGAUCAGGAGGCAGUCUCAACAUCACGUUAGGUUACUGGACAUGGAUGCUAAACGUCAAGGUCACCAUAUCCCACUUUUGACCUGGAGGGACGUUCAAGAUCCAAAUCUUCAUCUGCUUUUGUUUUGUUGCUAACAUCUCGUACUGUUCACACCAUGUAACAUUUAGGGAUAGUCAAGGAACAGGAGGGAUCCUCACUAGGUUUGACACACUUUUAUUGUUGCUGAAGAAUGAAUAACCACUAACUUAAGAUAAGAAUUCUGCCUGUGUAGUUCAUAAAUGCAGGCAAAUGAAGGCAGACUUAGGGCUUACAAUAGGUCAGAGAGUGUAUUAAUGUUACAGUGCUAGGUUUACGUGAGUGUGGAAAGUGUGAAAUUGCUAAAUAUUUCCAAUAUGGAUGUAAAAAAAAACAAAAGAAAAAAAAAUGACUCCAUGCUCUUGCUUUUCACAUCAAAAGUGUGCUCUGAAGAUGAUGGUCAGUAUGCAGACACAUUAAUUACAUGUAACUACAGCGAACAAAGGUCUGUUGUCACUAUAACCUUGCUAUGACAGCUCGUUGUAUCUAGUCUUAAAACGGUGACAAUGGUGACAAAAGAUUGAGAUUGGAAUCAGUGGCAUACUGAAGCCCAUGACAGCUGUGUGUCAGGGGCUAGUAGCUGUAUGGAAUGAAUGAUCAUUAUUCUUCUAUUUCCUCAAACAGAUCUCCUGCCCAAUGUUUCUGCAGGUGUUUGUUCUACAACGCCAGAGGCCCAGCAGGGCAGAUGAGCAGGCGUACAUGACCUUGUCAUAAAUGUCUCUUGACCAGAGAUCUGUAAAGAGCAGCCCCAUCGCAUCCUUUAGUGUCACAGUGGUUGGAAAGGGCCAGUAGGUUUGGAGAAGCCAUACACUAGUUGGGACAGAUUAAGCCUCAGGUUUGGAGGUGAUGGGGACUGCCAUGGUGCGCUUGAUAUGAGCUUGGGGGUUUUCCUCCUGCCCUCUUAACACGAAAAAGUGGGGGCAAUGCUAGCGGCUUCCAAGAUAGUUUGCUAUCCCAUCACCUCUCUGUGGCCAAGCAUGCACAGGUCUGUAGGAGACGCUAGAGUCUGUCUGUCUCACAUCAACUCAUUUGUUUCCCAUCGUUGAGGAAUUAUUGAGAUUAGGGGUUGCUAAACUCAUUUGGGGGUUUUACCGUAUAAAGGAGUAGAAGCGGUUUUAAAAUCAUCUUAUAGGCUAGUCCACUAAUACUAGCCCAGAUUAUAUCCUUGUGAACUUGUACAGUACUUGGAGAAUUGGAGUUUUAUUUGAAGAUGAAGACUUUUUGAUACGUCUGUUCUUUUUUGUAUUCUAAUUCCAGAUUUAAAAAAAUUCCAAGAUGUUCAUGUGACAAAACUUCCCUCUCUUCUAAGUUAUUUAUGUUCCUAUAUGUGCUAGUUGAAAGGGGGUUUGUUACAGAUAUUCUUUUCUCCACUAUCACCAGUGGUAAAAACAAUUCAGUGUAAUGGACUUUGUGUCAUUCUAAUUUUUGUCUUCUGUUAUCCUGUGGCAUGGUUUGGGUAGACGAACAGAAGAAUAAUGCCUGUAAAUUUACUUUCAUUUUAAUUUUGUAGUACCGGUAAAGUUUUUAGAUAAACGUGCACUGAAAUGUCCAAAUUGAUUUGAAAUGUUGUAGGUGAUGUAGGCCGAAAGAACACGAUUAAAAAGUAAUACUACUGUCUGA